AUGCGAGUAUUCGAUCCUUGGACUAUUGAGCCGGGUCCAACAUCAUCAUCAUCAUCAUCAUCAUCAUCAUCAUCAUCAUCAUCAUCAUCAUCAUCAUCAUCAUCAUCAUCAUCAUCAUCAUCAUCAUCAUCAUCAUCAUCAUCAUCAUCAUCAUCAUCAUCAUCAUCAUCAUCAUCAUCAUCAUCAUCAUCAUCAUCAUCAUCAUCAUCAUCAUCAUCAUCAUCAUCAUCAUCAUCAUCAUCAUCAUCAUCAUCAUCAUCAUCAUCAUCAUCAUCAUCAUCAUCAUCAUCAUCAUCAUCAUCAUCAUCAUCAUCAUCAUCAUCAUCAUCAUCAUCAUCAUCAUCAUCAUCAUCAUCAUCAUCAUCAUCAUCAUCAUCAUCAUCAUCAUCAUCAUCAUCAUCAUCAUCAUCAUCAUCAUCAUCAUCAUCAUCAUCAUCAUCAUCAUCAUCAUCAUCAUCAUCAUCAUCAUCAUCAUCAUCAUCAUCAUCAUCAUCAUCAUCAUCAUCAUCAUCAUCAUCAUCAUCAUCAUCAUCAUCAUCAUCAUCAUCAUCAUCAUCAUCAUCAUCAUCAUCAUCUAACAUCAAUUCCUAG